AUGAAGAUUUUCAUUCAACGCAAAUUAAUUCAUUUAUUUGAAACAUUUUUACGUGUCUAUGAACGCGCUCAAAAAUCAAAUGAAAUAUCUGAUUAUAUUGAUAUAUUUGAAGAAACAAAAUAUGAAACUAUAACAUUAUUUAAUGAUCUUGUUGCAUCAUGUUGUAUUGAUCCAUUACUUAUUAAUGAAAAUAAAUCAGAAAAUGUUGAAUCAAUUAUUAAUAUAUUUUCAUUAUUAAUAACAGAAAAACGAUUUUUAGCUUCAUAUGAAGAUUAUUUUAGUCUUUGUCAAAUUAUUGAUAUUGUUCAUGAAACAACAGAACUUUUAGAUGAUCAACAAAUAACAUUUUAUAAAGAUGGUGUCAAACAAGCUAUUGAACUUUAUGGAACACCAUCAUGUAAACAAAAAUUAAUACCAGUAAAUAUAUCUGUAAAUAUGCAACAUUCAAAAUUUGAUUCGAUUUUAACAAUAAUCCUAAAACUUGGACAUUAA